CAUGUAUAUAAUCCUUUUUAGUUCCAUUAAUCGUAGACGAAGUAGGUGGUUAGAUGUCAACAUCAACUAAUGGAAAUGUUGGAUGUAUCACAUUUAAGUCUAUAAAUAAGUGUUUCAUCUUCAUUUCUACCAAUUCAAUAAUGGGCCUUGAAUAUUCUUCAUCUUUCUCCUUACUCCGCCAACUCAUCAUCACUCCUUGCUUCUUCAUAUUCAUCCUUUUAUUUCUAUACUCAAUAUCAUUAUUCCAUGUCACUUUUACUUCUGCCUCUACCCCUACCACUUCUCUUUUGAAAGUUGAACAAGAUCAAGAAGCACUCACUCUUCUAACAUGGAAGGCCAGUCUUGAUAAUCAAACCCAAUCUUUCCUCUCUUCUUGGUCUGGACGCAAUUCUUGCCAUCAUUGGUUUGGAGUGACUUGUCACAAGUCAGGAAGUGUCUCCGAUUUAGACCUUCACAGUUGCUGUUUGAGAGGUACACUCCACAAUCUCAAUUUCUCUUCACUCCCUAACCUUCUCACUCUUGAGUUGUCAUCUAACAAUCUCAUUGGUCCAAUCCCUCCUUCCAUAGGAAACUUGAGAAACUUAACCACUUUGCAUAUUUUUAAGAACGAGCUUUCUAGUUCCAUCCCUCAAAAAAUUGGAUUGUUAAGAUCUCUUAAUGAUCUUCAAUUAUCACAUAACAAUCUCACUGGUCCAAUCCCUCCUUCCAUAGGUAACUUGAGGAACUUAACCACUUUAUAUCUUUUUGAGAACGAGCUUUCUGGUUCAAUACCUCAAGAAAUUGGAUUGUUGAGAUUGCUUUAUGAUCUUGACUUGUCAUUCAACAAUCUUAACGGUUCAAUACCAGCUUCCAUAGGAAACUUGUCUAGCUUAACCUUUUUGUUCCUUAAUCACAACGAGCUUAGUGGUGCCAUUCCUCUUGAAAUGAAUAAUAUCACUCAUUUGAAAUCUUUACAGUUAUCUGAGAACAACUUCAUUGGCCAACUACCACAAGAGAUAUGCCUUGGUAGUGUUCUUGAAAACUUUACGGCUAUGGGAAACCAUUUCACUGGUCCUAUUCCAAAAAGCUUGAAAAAUUGCACUAGUUUAUUCAGAGUUAGGCUUGAAAGAAACCAACUGACGGGAGACAUAGCCGAAAGUUUUGGUGUGUACCCGACCCUAAAUUAUAUUGAUCUAAGCAGCAACAAUUUUUAUGGUGAGCUUUCUGAGAAAUGGGGGCAGUGCCACAUGCUCACAAGCCUGAACAUCUCCAACAACAAUAUUUCUGGUGCUAUACCGCCUCAACUUGGGAAAGCAAUUCAACUGCAACAACUUGAUCUCUCCGCCAAUCAUCUAAGUGGGAAGAUCCCAAAAGAGUUGGGAAUGUUGCCAUUAUUGUUCAAAUUGUUGUUAGGAGACAACAAUCUUUCAAGCAGUAUUCCUUUGGAAUUGGGAAACUUAUCCAAUCUUGAAAUUCUUAACUUGGCAUCAAACAACUUAAGCGGUCCAAUUCCCAAACAGCUGGGAAACUUCUUGAAAUUACAGUUCUUCAACUUGAGCGAGAAUAGAUUUGUGGAUAGCAUUCCUGACGAAAUUGGAAAGAUGCAAAAUCUUGAAAGUCUCGAUCUUAGUCAAAAUAUGUUGACAGGAGAGGUUCCACCGCUGCUUGGAGAAUUAAAGAACCUGGAAACGUUGAAUCUCUCCCAUAACGGGCUCUCUGGCACCAUCCCACACACUUUUGAUGAUCUGAUAAGCCUGACAGUUGUUGAUAUAUCCUACAAUCAGUUGGAAGGUCCUCUCCCCAACAUCAAAGCUUUCACUCCAUUUGAGGCAUUCAAAAAUAAUAAAGGUCUGUGUGGAAAUAAUGUCACUCAUCUCAAGCCAUGCAGUGCUAGUCGAAAGAGGCCCAACAAGUUUUAUGUUUUGAUCAUGGUGCUCCUCAUUGUGAGCACUCUAUUGCUCUUAUUUUCUUUUAUUAUUGGCAUUUAUUUUCUUUUCCAAAAAUUGAGGAAGAGAAAAACCAAGUCUCCAGAAGCAGAUGUUGAAGAUCUAUUUGCAAUAUGGGGCCAUGAUGGAGAAUUGUUGUAUGAGCACAUCAUACAGGGGACCGAUAAUUUCAGUUCGAAACAGUGUAUCGGCACUGGAGGAUAUGGUACUGUUUACAAGGCUGAGUUGCCAACAGGCCGGGUUGUUGCUGUGAAAAAACUUCACUCAUCACAAGAUGGAGAUAUGGCUGAUUUGAAAGCUUUCAAAAGCGAGAUUCAUGCUUUAACACAGAUAAGGCAUCGCAACAUCGUCAAGCUUUAUGGCUUCAGUUCAUUUGCAGAGAUCUCAUUUUUGGUUUAUGAGUUUAUGGAAAAGGGGAGCUUGCGAAACAUUCUAAGCAACGACGAAGAAGCAGAAAAAUUAGAUUGGAUUGUGAGGCUAAACAUUGUUAAAGGCAUGGCUAAAGCUUUAUCUUACAUGCACCAUGAUUGCUCACCUCCUAUAGUUCAUCGAGACAUAUCGAGCAACAAUGUUUUGUUAGAUUCAGAAUAUGAGGCUCAUGUAUCUGACUUUGGCACGGCUAGGCUUUUAAAGUCGGACUCAUCUAAUUGGACUUCAUUUGCAGGAACUUUUGGUUAUACUGCUCCAGAACUUGCUUACACCAUGAAGGUUGAUAAUAAAACUGAUGUUUAUAGCUUCGGAGUGGUAACAUUGGAAGUCAUUAUGGGAAGGCAUCCUGGAGAACUCAUCUCGUCCCUGUUAUCGUCAGCGUCCUCAUCAUUCUCAUCACCAUCAACUGUGGACCAUCGCCUGUUGAAUGAUGUGAUGGACCAGCGCCCCUCACCUCCUGUGAAUCAAGUGGCUGAGGAAGUAGUGGCUGUAGUGAAGUUAGCAUUUGCAUGCUUGCGUAUUAAUCCCCAAUCUCGGCCGACUAUGCAACAAGUUGGUCGAGCACUCCCAACACAGUGGCCACCAUUGUCAAAACCGUUUCCCAUGAUAACAUUGGGUGAGCUGCUGGGUCAUGCUAGUUGAGGGUCCUCCCUUCUCCAUGAUGUAAAGUUGUAAUUUUGACUUGGUAUUCUGUUUUAUUAAUUUGGACAAUCCCUUCAAAGUAUUGUUCUUUCGAAUAUGUUAUAUAUUGCACUCCUGUAAAAGCUUGUAUUGCGUCUUUCAAAAAAGAAGAGGCCUUUCAUGUGGUAUA